CCUCACCUCACUGUGCGGCGUGGCCACUGCCAGUACAAUCCGCCCACUCUUUAUUCCCCCGGCCGCCCUUGUCUCGUUGCGUGUCCCUCCUGCGGUUAUGGAUCAAGAAACCUCACGAGAACCCCGCCGCUUCAGCCCUGCGUCGCCGCAUUAGCCGGGGCCGGCCCAGCCCUCGCCGGACCGUUUCUCGCGAUCACAUUGCAUGCGCCCUUCUUGAUCUUCGACGCGGAUUGAUUUCAUUGACGUCGCGUCGCCGGCCGCGGGAUUCGGGGCGGCGGCAUUUUGGCUGGUUGAGGAGGAGGAGGGACAAUGGUCGGCGGCGGCGCACAGUCGGCCAGCGCCGCGGAGGUCGAGGACAUCGAGCUCGGCGAGCGGCGGCGCGCGGACGAGUACGCGGACGACGACGAGGAGGGCAGCCAGUACUUCACGGACGCGGAGGACCGGUCGUGGCCCUCGCACUCGCGCCACGAGUCCGCCGCCUUCGAGGACUGCAUCUCGCGGUGCGCCUCCACCCGCACCAGCUCCUGCGGCGGCGCCGACAGCGACGCGGACGUCGAGGCCGGCGGCGGGCACUUCAGGAAGUCGUCGUGCGUGUCCGAGUGCUCGCUGGACGACGUCGACCUGGAGGCCGGGCUCGGCGGCGAGAGCGCCAAGAGCAGCAGCCCCGACCCCGAGAAGGCCGAGAAGAACUGCCGCAUUUGCCACCUCGGCCUGGAGAGCGCGGCGGCCGAGUCCGGCGCCGGCAUCACGCUCGGCUGCUCCUGCAAGGGCGACCUCUCCUACUCCCACAAGCAGUGCGCCGAGACCUGGUUCAAGAUCAGAGGCAACAAGACCUGUGAGAUCUGCAGCUCAACCGCAUGCAAUGUGGUUGUGUUAGGCGAUCCGGAGUUCGUCGAGCAAUCAAACGAAUCGAACACCACAGCAGCCGGGCAUGCAUUUCCAAACGAAAGCAGGAGGUUUUGGCAAGGGCACCGGUUCCUCAACUUCCUUCUGGCAUGCAUGGUCUUCGCCUUCGUCAUCUCAUGGCUCUUCCACUUCAACGUCCCAGGGUGAGUUUCGCAGCGGACGGUCCCUCAAUAAAAAGCUCCAAGGCCGUUACGGCAGCAAACAUGUGGGUUAGGUUCAACAAAUCUGGAGAAACAGGCUAAAAGGUGAAGUUAAGCUGUGAAGAGGUACACAAAUAUAUGGUCGGCGCGGCGGCCUUAAAUUUGCCUUGAUCGGUGUUCCGUAGUACGAAAGGAACCCUGAUCAGGAUCUCCCUCCUGCCCCAAGAUUUGAGUGGAGUUGAAGAUAAGCGGCGAAGAAUUAGAAGAUGCGUUGUUGUUCACUUGUUCCGCGAUUAUUGUUGUCUUGGUUUGAAGAAGAACGGGAGUAUGUUAGCGAAACUACUACCCACACGAUACUGCUGCACGAUCUUUGCACGACGUGCUAAUCCAGCGGCCAGUGCCUUCUGAAUCCUGUGCAUGUCCGGCUGGAUUUGAGUAUCGUGCAUGAAUCGUCUGGCUCGUGUCGUGUGUAUAGCACUGCUGGUAUGUUAGUGUUGUCAUUUCCUAGCUUUGGCGUUUUGCCUUGUGAGUUGGUGUGAUCUGUGUGCAGUCAGUGCAGAUUUCUGUAUGCCUACCCUUUGUUCCAGUGUUUAUAGUCCUGAUAAACAGGAUGAGGUGAGGUGAGGUGUCCUUAGGGAAGAUAAAUGUAGCGCCAGCUCAGUUCCGAACAAUGUUGUGGGAAAUAAUGGUAGAAACUUGCGCGCGUG